GCUUCACGUUGAUGUGUCGUGUCCGUAGAGAUGGAUUCUACCUUUCCUCGUCUCAAUGCCUGUGCCGUCUAUUUUCUCUUUGCGCUUGCGACCGUCGGAGAAGGGGGAAAGUUGUUAGUGAUCCCUCAAGAUGGAAGCCACUGGCUCAGCAUGCGUUCGGUAGUGGAGAAACUCAGUGAAAGGGGUCACGAAAUAGUGGUAGUGGUUCCAGACGUCAACUUGCUUUUUAAAGAAUCCAAGUAUUACACCCUGAUAACCCACGCAGUGCCCUACACGCGAGAUGAACUUGCUCAUCGUUUCCGCUUGUUUGGCAACCAGCCUUUCGAUGAAGUAUCUUUGCCUUCCAUGGUUGUAGGAGCGUAUAAGGUCAUGAUGUUUCUUGUUGAGUUGUUUUUCAUGAAUUGUGAGAGCCUUUUGAGGAACAGAGAAAUUAUGCAGUCCUUAAAAGAGAAUGCAUUUGACGUACUUUUGACAGAUCCAGCUAUGCCAUGCGGGGUGAUCCUUGCUGAAUAUCUCUCCAUCCCAUCUGUGUACUUCUUCCGUGGAUUCCCAAAGUUAGAGUAUGCUAUCACUAAGUGUCCAGACCCAGUUUCGUACGUCCCCAGAUGUUACAGCACCUUCACAGAUCACAUGACUUUUACCCAAAGACUGUUCAACUUUUUAAUUAGCUUCUCAGAGACAGCACUUUUCAAGAUUCUGUGGAUCACGCAGAUACCAAAGAGAGAUUGUUUUUCCUGUGAGCUUCUCAAGAGAGAAGUGCAUUUACCAGCCCUUUACAGAAAUGGCUCAGUGUGGCUGUUGCGAUACGACUUUGUGUUUGAAUAUCCUAGACCAGUUAUGCCCAAUAUGGUCCUCAUUGGAGGGAUAAAUUGUGAAGAAGGAAAACUCCUGUCAAGGGAGUUGGAAGAUUUGGAAGACCUGAACGGGCCAGGCCAGCCCAGGUCACAGAAUGUACUGAUGAAGCAGGUGAAUGUACCGAUGGGAGACCACUAA